GGGGGCCGGAGCCCGCGCCGCCAGCCGUCAGGUACCAGCCCUCACGGGCGAGGAGCUUAGGAAACAGCACAGCGCAGUUUCACCGCAGCUGCGACCGGAAGGAAGCGGUGCGGAAGCCGCCUUAUAUACAUGGACUACAACUCCCGGAAGGCCUCGCGCAAGCGCACGCGUCUUGGCCUCCCGAACGGCGAGAUGACGGCUGCGGCGGCAGCAGCCAAGGCGUCUGAGGUGUUCCAGGAGUGUGGCUGCAAGGGUAUCAGGACCUGUCUGAUCUGCGAGAGGCAGCGCCAGGUUGACCCUCCCUGGCAGCUCUCCCCGAAGAAAACACACCGCUUCCUUUACUGUGUGGACACGGGCUGGGCCGUGGGGGCUGAGGACUCUGACUUUGAGGGCUGGGCCUUCCCCUUUCCGGGGGUGACACUAAUAGAGGACUUUGUGACCCGGGAGGAAGAGGCCGAGAUGGUGCGCUUGAUGGACUGUGACCCUUGGAAGCUCUCUCAGUCUGGGCGGAGGAAGCAGGACUAUGGCCCCAGAGUCAACUUUCGGAAGCAGAAGCUGAAGACGGCGGGCUUCCUGGGCCUGCCCAGCUUCAGCCGGGAGGUGGUGCAGAGGAUGGGCCUCUACCCCAGCCUGGAGGACUUCCAGCCCGUUGAGCAGUGUAACCUGGACUACAGCCCGGAGCGUGGCUCUGCCAUUGACCCCCACCUGGAUGACGCCUGGCUGUGGGGCGAGCGGCUGGUGAGCCUCAACCUCCUGUCCCCCACUGUGAUGUCCAUGUCCCAAAAGGGCCCUGGCAACCUGCUGCUGAGUUCGGCCCCUCCUGCCAGCCCCAAGGACAGCGUGGAUAGUGCGACCGCCCCCUGCCGGUCUGUCCCGUGCCAAGACGUGGAGGUGGCCAUUCCUGUCCCGCGCCGCUCCCUCCUGGUGCUGGCUGGGGCCGCUCGGCACCAGUGGACACACGGCAUCCACCGGAGGCACAUCAAGGCCCGGCGUGUCUGUGCCACCUUCCGGGAGCUGUCGGCCGAGUUCCGGCCCGGGGGGAGGCAACAGGACCUGGGAUUCGAGCUUCUGCAGAUCUCAUGCUCUUUCCAAGGGAGACCCGUGUGAGCUGCCUCCCUGGGGACAGGCCUGUGACAGCCUGGCUGGAGGCACCAGGGCCAGCUCUCAUCCCCUGGUUGGGUUUUGGGGGACGCCCCCUGACCCUGAUGCUGAGGGUAGCGUGAGCCCUGUCGGGAGCUGGGUGAUGGGAUCCCGCACAGGGUCACUCCCUCAGACCUGUGCUGUGGCCACUGGAGGGAGUGGGAAUUUAACUUUCAAAAUGCUGCUAUAUGUGCGAAAUGACAUUUGCCUUUACCCA